AUGCGCCGCGCCCAGCCUGGGUCGCUCCAGGUCCGCAAGGCCGUCGUCAAUGCAACGCUCCUGUGCGCGGCCAGCCAGCCGGCGCCCGCCACGACUGCGUUGACUGCCAGCCCCGCGACGGAUAAGGCGGAUCGCCCGGGCGAAGUCGGCUUCAUCGGCGGCGACCAGGCAUCGGCAGCCAGGUCAGAAAGAAAGGGCGACGAUCAGCGCCUUCCGGCCAACCUGACGACUUGCGCGGUCCGUGGCUCGCCUCCUCCACGUCGAGCGCCAUGCAAAGCCGCCCGCAUCGCGCCGCCAUGGGUGACGAUCAGCGUGGGCUCUGGUUGCCAAGUCUGCCAUCGCCGCCGUGACGCGCGACAAGCUGCGACCAGCGCUCCCCACCGGGCGGCGGGCGCGAUCCGGAUCGUCCCAAAGGCCGAUAGCGCGGCCGGGUCGAUCGCGUCGGCCGCUUGCCCGUCCCAGUCGCCGAAAUCCAGCUCGCGCCAGCGCGGGUCGAUCGCGAAAUGGUCCCAUCGCCUCGGCACAGGGUGCGCGCGCGACAGGUCGGAGGCGAUGCGGUGGGUGACGCUCAGGUCCUUCGCUCGGCGACGCAGGCCGCGAUGCCGUCCGCCGUCACCGGGCUGUCGGUCCGCCCAGCAUCCGACCGCUCAGUACGGGCGCGCCAUGGCGCAGCAGGUACAGGCGGAAGCGCGCGGUCACGCUGGCGACACCCGCUAA